CUGCUACCAACUACGACAAGUGCCGUCACUGUGUAAAACAUUUGGUUCCCUUCUUAACUUGAAAAAUCCCUUCUUUUUCUUUUUCUUUUUCUUUUUCUUCUUCUGGGUUGUUUUUUUAUUUAUUGGGGUUCAUUAUCACGUUGUCUUUCUCCUUCCUACCUCAACAAACCAACCCGUAGCUUCCACCCCUUUUUUGCCUUUUCCUCCUCCUUUUCCCUUUCUUUCUUUCUUUCACGGAGCUUGUCUGCAAUGGAGGUGAGGAUCUGAGCCAAAAGAUAUUUAUGGUAUGGGCGCUUGUGCUUCAACGCAUCAGGGCUGUGUGGGAGGGAGGUUGAGUUCCUCCAAGAAGAAGACUCGCCAAAGGAGAAGGGAUGAACUCAGAAGAAGAGUGUCUUCUCGGCCAUCCAAGGGAUCAUUGGACAAGCCUGACGUGCCUGGCUUACUUGAUCAUCGCUCCUUCGUCAACCCCACUUUCCAAGCACCUGGAAGUGUUGAGGAGGCGUGGUUUGACUCAUCUGCAGCAUUUGACUCUGACUGUGAUGAUGACUACCAGAGUGUUCCUGAUGAUGUAUCACUGAAUGGAAUCGAAGGUGGAGCCGUAUCAGGUUUUCAAUUGAGAGAUGGCGGCCAUGGAGGUUCAACUGAUCAGGUGCAGAAACUGGGGAACUUAUCAGAAGCUUCCAGAAAUUCUAACGUUCAGAUUAUCAGUUCAGAUGACAAUGAUUCGCACUGUAAACGUGAUGCAAGUGUGAAUGAAGUUAAUCAGCCUGUGUUCCUUGAUGAAAUCUCCUCAGUGGAUGCAAACUCCAACAAGGAUGAUGAACUUAUGGAUCACUGUGGGAUUCUUCCCAACAAUUGUUUGCCAUGUCUUGCAUCGACCAUUCCUUCAAUUGAGAAAAGAAGAUCAUCAUGUUCUAGUCCUCCUAAUGCAAGGAAAAAGCCUCCUAUGAAACUGCCCUUUAAAUGGAAAGAAGGACAUGGCAAUGCUAACCUUCUUUCCUCCAAGAUACUUCUGCGAAGACCAAUAGCAGGUUCGCAGGUACCCUUCUGUCCAAUGGAGAAGAAAAUGCUUGAUUGUUGGUCACACAUUGACCCAAGCACGUUUAAAGUUCGAGGAGUGAAUUAUUUUAAGGAUAAGAAGAAGGACUUUGCUCCCAACUAUUCUGCGUAUUACCCAUUUGGUGUUGAUGUAUUUUUAUCUCCACAAAAAGUGCACCAUAUAGCUCGGUUUGUGGACCUUCCAGUCAUUAAUUCUUCUGCUAAACUUCCACCUAUACUUGUUGUUAACGUUCAGAUUCCACUUUAUCCUGCCACACUUUUCCAAGGUGAAAUUGAUGGGGAAGGAAUGAGUUUUGUGUUGUACUUUAAGCUUUCUGAGAGUUACUCCAAGGAACUUCCACUUCUUUUCCAAGAAAACAUCAGAAGAUUGAUGGAUGAUAAAGUUGUUGAGAAGGUGAAAGGUUUUCCUGUAGACACAAAUGUACCUUUCCGAGAAAGGUUGAAAAUAUUAGGCCGUGUUGCCAACGUGGAAGAUCUUCAUUUGAGUGCUGCAGAACGAAAGCUUAUGCAGACUUACAAUGAGAAACCUGUUCUUUCACGCCCUCAACAUGAGUUUUACUCAGGAGAAAAUUACUUUGAGAUUGAUUUGGACAUGCAUAGAUUCAGUUACUUCUCCAGAAAAGGCUUUGAAGCUUUCCUAGACAGAUUAAAGAUCUGCAUUCUAGAUAUUGGCCUCACAAUUCAGGGGAACAAGGCGGAGGAGCUUCCAGAGCAGAUCUUGUGUUGUAUUAGAUUAAAUGGAAUCGACUACAAGAAUUAUCAGCAACUUUGGGUAACUCCAGAUCAUCUAAUGUAACUUCAAAGAACGUGAAAAUCUCAGAGUUGUGGUCCAUAAAAGAAAUCAUAUUUUGAAAUUGAAUUUGUCUUGCAUUAGCGUUCGUUGCUAGAAAACAUCUUGUCAUCUUCAAUCAUAGAGAAUCCAUCAA